AUGGUAACAACUGCGGCAUUUGCAGACGAUAUUGCUCUCGUGAUCAUAGGCAAGUACAUAGAAGACAUCCAGAACCUAUUCAAGAAGACUCUCAGCAUAUACACUCCCUGGAUGGACGACUCAGGACUGAAGAUAGCAAAACACAAGACAGAGGCUGUACUUAUAAGCAGUAGGAAAAAACGCGAAACGCUGAAGCUACAAGUAGGUGACUGCGAAAUAAAAUCGCAACCAUCCGUCCGAUACCUUGGGGUAAUGAUAGACGCCCGACUCUGCUUCAAGGAUCAGGUCGAACACACUAGCAAAAAGGCAUCAGCAGUUGGAGAAGCACUGAGCAGACUCAUGCCGAACCUCGGUGGGCCAAAACCCAGACGAAGGGCUCUUCUUUCGUCAGUGGUUAUGUCAAUACUGACAUAUGGAAUUGUCAUAUGGGGUAGUGCACUACAGCUUCAAGAGUGCCAGAGACGAAUAUACCCGGUAUGUCGGCAAAUGGCACUGAGGGUCGCGAGUGGAUUCAGGACCGUCUCCAGAGACGCCGCGCACGUGAUAUCCGGUCUGCUUCCUAUCGAGAUCUUGGCCGAGGAACAAAGAAGGAUAUACCGCCACCGGAACAGUAGAGUAGCAGAUAUAGAUGACUGCAGAAAGAGAGAAAGGCAGAAAAGCCUCCAGUGA